AUGGCUUCUGAUAAUUCAGGUUACUACUUUGGUGAUGAUGUCUGGUACCAUUCAGCUGGUAAGGUCACAGCUUUAUGUGUUCUAAUUGUAAUUGUUAUCUUUAUCUAUUUCUAUGCUUGGAGAACUUACAGACGCCAUGCAAGAGAAACUGCCCAAUCCUCCAUUAAUGGAGUCUCAUCAUCCUCACAAGUAGUUCACUCUCGUCAAUUACCCAUCAAUAAGGCUCUUCAUCAAUCUCUAAUCGAUUCUCUUCCCACCUUCCUCUACAGUCCAACCCAUCAUUUCUCCAACAGUACUAGUACUACCACAUCAGAAUGCCCUGUUUGUUUGUGCAAUUUGGAAGAAGGAGAAAUGGUUAGGCUUAUACCUACAUGUAAGCAUAUGUUCCACUUGCAGUGCAUCAAUAUGUGGUUAAGCUCUCACUACACAUGCCCUAUCUGCCGUUCUCCUGUUCAAGUCUCAAGCACUGGUGGGCAUCAAGAGAUGAGCAUUUGGGUACCUUCCCAAUUGGAUUCAUUUAAUCCUGCUACUACCACAACAAGUUCAGAGAGUACAUCUGAUGAUGCUUCUUCACAAACUUCUUCAAGUAUUUCAUCUGUCCCUCUUUGUCACUCUUGA